AUGAUCACAAGCAUAUAUAUAUACAUAAUGUCUGAACCACAAUACAAGCCAGUGACGGUGGACAAGCCCAUUCCCAACACCUAUGAUUUGGGUAACUUGGCAGUGUUUGAUAGUAAUCCGUUGGAUAACCAGAAAUUGAAAAAUGAAAAUGAAAGAGAAGAGUAUCUAGCAACAGUAGCUCGUGACAAUGUGCAAGUAUUAAUCAACCAAAUCUUAUCAUUGCCUAUGAAGUCCACCACAGAUACUCAUGGAUCUUCGACAGGUCAAGAUUCUACUAUGACAUUAGUGCAAUUACCUGAACCAACUACUGAGCUUCCUCGUGAAAAGGCUAUUCCCAAGGCCAAAGCUGCCACCAAAUGGGAAGAGUUUGCUGCUCGUAAGGGUAUUAAGGCCAAGCCAAAGGAAGGGAAGAUGGUUUAUGAUGAAGCCAGUGGAGAAUGGGUUCCUAAGUGGGGUUACAAGGGUAAGAAUAAGCAAAUGGAUGAUCAAUGGUUGGUUGAAGUUGAUGAUAAGGUUAAAAAUACUCCUGAUGAACUUGUGGAUCCACGUACAUUGAAUCGUGCUGAGCGUAAGAAGUUGGUUAAGAAGAAUGAGUUACAACAUAAACGAAAUUUGAAGAAUGGAUCAUAG